AUGUCUUUAAAAACUUUCAACACGACUUUUGGACCUGGUUUGAAUGAAUCCAGUUUGUGGAGUGUACCGCAGUUUGAUUUGGAUGUGUUUUACAAUCCGGACGUGGUGAUAAUAGUGUUAUACGUGGUGGUGCUGACUGCCUCGCUCUCCGCGAACACCUUGCUGAUAUUUGUCGUCAUCAAGUUCCAGUAUAUGAGGAGUUGGCAGUGCGGCAACCGCGACCCGGUCGCUCCAGAGGCAGUGCGGUCAUGCGAAGCAGCCGAGAAGCGCAUUAAAAUGGCGGCGUUUCCACCGAACGAGGACGAGAAGUUUAUUGAAUAG